AUGUUAUUUCACUUCAUUUCCUUUCGAGAUUAUUUCUUUCUUCAUCAUUUCACUUCAUUUCCUUCGUACGUAAUUUCGUUUCAUUUCCUUCCUUCAUCAUUUCACUUCAUUUCCUCCGCACGCAAUUUCUUUUCAUUUAUUUCCUUCAUCAUUUCACAUCAUUUCUUUCGUACUUCCUACAUAUAUUCUUUGUUUUCAUUUCCUUCGUUUCCGUUUUGCUUUAUUUCCUUCAUACGAUAUUUCCUUUCAUUUUCUUUCUUCAUCAUUUCACUUAAUUUCAUAUUCGUACGCUAUUUUUAUUUCAUUGAAUUGCUUCAUCAUUUCUCUCCAUUUCUUUCAUAUGUUAUUUCUUUUUAUUUCAUUCUUUCAUUAUUUCACAUUAUUCCGACAAAUGUUAUUUCCUUUCAUUUCCUCCUUUACCAUUUCUCAUUGUCUUCUUCUUAUGAUAUUUCCUUUCAUUUGCUUCCUUUACCAUUUAAACUCGUUUCUUUCAUAUAUCAUUUCCAUCCGUAG